UCCUCCCAGCCCCUCUGCUCUCAUUGGCUCCUCCCAGCCCCUCAUCUCUCAUUGGCUCCUCCCAGCCCCUCUGCUCUGUAGACUCAGUCAGCUCUGUUAGCAAAACAGACAAUGUGCUGCUGUUACAGGCAGGGGAGACUCAACACAUGCACAUCGCAGCCUGAGAGAGGAGAGGAUGUCUUCGCCUGCAUGACUCCAGUCAGACUCACUCAUCCAACUCUAUAUAUAGAGCGCAGCCAGAAAUAUCCCUCUCCCCAGGCAGAUGCCCACUCCCGAAGCAGCCGGCCGGAGGAGACGUCAGUGAGAUGGGCUGCUCAUCGGGCCGUCCCCCAGCCUCGGCUCAGCCGGACCCCGACCGCAGCCUGUCCCGCGCCGGCUCGAUCCCCGCGGCCGGAGCCAGAGAAGCCGAGGAUCUGUCCACUCUGGAGCGUUUGGCCCAGGCCACCGGGGGCACGGAGGAGUCCUGGUACCGGUGUGUGUUCCCGUUCGGGGUGAUCUCGCUGGUCAUCGGUGUGGCGGGCAGCGCCGUCACCUUCAGCUUCAACACGCUGCCCCAGACCCGCGUGGUGUCGCUGGUCCUGCUGGUGCUGGGCUUGGUCCUGCUGCUGGUGGCGGCCGCGUGCUGGAAGGCUCAUCGGACCCGCAGGAGAGAGAAGAAGGAGGCCGGCAUCUUCAGCUCAGAGCUGUACACGCUGUGAGUUCGUCUGCUGGCCCGCGGGCCCGGUGUGAGGGUAAGUGGCCUGGGACAUGUCCUCGCCUUCACAGACGGCCCGUGAAACACUGGCAAAUACAUGGGAAGACUAUAGGUCAAAAGCAUCAUGGAGGAUCUGUGUGUGUCAGUUUAUGGAUCGGAGAGAUCAUAUGGUUGAGAAACAGGAGAGAGUCCCUGAUAAUGCUGCAACUUUCCCUGCUUUCAUCCCAAGCGAUUUUAUGAAAAGAAGAUGCAAAAGAAAAUCAUGUAAAUCUCUGAAAGGAAGGAAAUAUGAACAUUGAUAAACAAUGACAGCUACUUAAUCAUGUAUGAUUAAAUCACAUGCAGUUUCAGUGAGUGCCAGGACUUACUUUUAUUUAUUUAUUUAUUUAUUUGCCAAGUCAAAUGUAUAAGGACAGGAUAAUGUGAACUUAUGUUUAGCAUGACAAAUGAACACAUUUUAUUUUUUCAUAUUUAACCUUGAUUGGCGUGAUAUUUUGUGCACGUUUACAUAUUUGUGCUGCAUCGCAGUAGUGUUUUUGAAGCUCCAGACUGUUAUUUUGAUAUUGAUAAUUGCUUUGUCUGUCAAGUGACUGCAAAGUGGAACUGGGGACUGUGUAUGUGCACAUCAGAAUGUUCCUAUAAAUGCUUGCAUGUAUUUCUGUAAAACUUUUGUAUUUGUGUAUGAGUAAUGGAUGAUUUCCUCUGCACACGCAGAGCGUAGGGACAUGAUCAUAUCCACUGACAUCUGAGCAGCAAACUGGUGUCCUGAACCUGAAUGUGUAGAUCAAGCUGAACAUGAACCUGAUCUGCUGACAUGAGAAACGCUGUACAGUCACAAUAUUCUGCUUCUGUGAAAACGAUCAGUCGUCCGGCUCCAUACUUCGGAUCUAUUUGCACUGUUUAUGUACUUCAGCUUUGGAGUGUUUAGGGAGUAUUUUCUGCUAGGUACUGUACUAAUGUUUUGUCUUAUGUUAUAUAUUUAUAUGAUAUGUAUUUUUUUUCUAUAUUUCUCUGUGAGAAGAAUUGCCAGCUGUUUGUAUGUGUCUCUGACUGCCUGUGUUUUAACAGUAGAUUUUUUUGUAUCAUCCACCUCUAGAUUUGGGAAGAAAACUGUUUUUAUUUGUAAAAGCCUUAUACAUUUUCUGUCCAACAGAUGUUUUAUGUGGAUGGGAACAGAUGCCUAUAAAAUCACUAGAUAAGGAGAGAGAGACAAAGAGAAAGAGUCGGUGGUGGGAGCGAGGGAGGAAGAGUAGUGGUGGGUUUGAGAAAGGAGGAGGAUUCAUUAAGAAAACGUCAGGAAGCGGCUCGACGUGCUCAGAAUAAAGUGAGUGUGAGAGCAGAAGCUGCGACGACAUAACCCAGAGAAUGACUCAUAUUCUCAACAGCUUUCAACAGGCACCCAUUUUCAACCCUUGCAUUACGUGUAGCAUUUAUUAACUGUGAAAUACUAGGUAUCUAAAAAUCAACAACUUUGUAGUAUGACUCCUUAUGAGAGACGCUGUGAUAAUACAGAUUAUGAUUGUGGAAUAAUUAGCCGAAUCAUGGAUAUUAGACAGAUCUACCUCGUUCAGAACACACCAGCCCAGCCCUCCGAGGCUCAUCGCACACGAUUUCUUCUCAUCCAGCUCAAAGUAUGCAAGAUAUUUUUAUUUAUAAGACAUUCGCUUCAACAUCUUUCUCACUAAGACAAAUUAUCAGAUUAUCAAACACACAUGAUCCAAAACACAAAUAAUAAACAGACAUAUAUAUAUAUAUAUAUAUAUAUAUAUAUUUUAUUUAUUUAUUUUUUAAAAACCACACACAAUAUAACAUAUUUACAUAAAAUGCUUGGCACUCCCUGUAUUUCACUUUCUAUUCUGUUUCAGACCUUCAUUUUUAGGGCAGACAUACAUUAGAGUUAAGCACAUUGUUUUUGUGAAUCUCAUUGUAAAUAAAUGUAUUUAUACUUUCA